UUGAUACUUAUAAAUUAUAAUUUCCUUGGUUGACAGUCCAUAGGGAACAAGAACUGUGGAUGCUGUUGGUCAUUUGCGUGUGUUAGUGCUGUGGAAAUCCUCUGGGCCCAUCAAGAAAGGGAGGUCGUCAUGUUCUCAAAACAAGAUCUGAUCGACUGCGUGGCUGAGAAUUCAGGGUGUUACGGCGGCACCAUCAGAAACGGCUUGGAUUACCUGAAGACUUAUGGUGUGACUUUGGCGGAAAACUACCCUUUCAUCGCGGACAACGGUUACUGUGAUUACGAGUCCAAGCCAUACGUGAGGAUAACCGACUAUCAGGAGCUGAGCAGACAGGGCGACCCGGCACGGGGUAUACAGCCCGCUUGGGCGCAGGACUUCGUCAUGGAAAAUGCUUUGAAUGAGAGUCCCCUGUCGGCCACGUGGCCCAAUAGCCCUUCCAUUCUUAGAUUCUAUGUGCGGGGAGUUCUUGCUCUACAUCCAUCGAUGCAUGAUACUCCAACUGGCCACGCGGUUGUGAUCGUCGGACACUAUUCACGUAGACCCAAUGAUUGUUGGAUUAUCCGGAAUAGCUGGGGCGCUGACUGGGGUAUGGAGGGACAUUUACUGGUACAGAAACGAACGAUGGGCGUCGGUUUCGACGUUUACAAAUUAACGAGUCCGAUGAUACAACUCUUCCACAGUGAGCCACGCUCCGGACCCUCCACCCCCUCUGACGAUGGAGCCGGCACUUCUUACGACCCCGACUCGAUCGACAUGUCACGCUUCCGAAUAUCAGAUCCUUACGAUUAUUCAUACUCCUCAAAGCCAUCUAAAUGA